AUGAAGUUGCAAACAUCGCUGCAAAUACCUCUGUCUGCCCACUCUGAAGCUUUUCAAUUUAUUAAAAAAGAUAUCAAUGAAACGAAGGAAACAUUUAAAAAUCUUGAAACUCAUUCUGAGCUUCUAAUGAACCAAUUGGACAUUCUUCAAACAGAAGUAUUCGCCAAAGACGAUUAUAUUCGAUACCUUGAAGUCAACUUCAUUCAAACAAUUCAAAAUUUCACGAUGAUGGUCGAAGAACAAAAAAACACUGAGCAAAUUUUGGAUGCAUUCUAUGAAAUCGUAGACUCAAAAGAGACUGGAAUUGGCUUCUACACCGGAGAUGACAAAGGAUCUGUUAGAAGCGCGUCUUCCGAUGAUUACAUAAAAAAAGUUUUUGAUUAUGUGGAUUUGGGUUUAAAGAAAAUCAAUUUGAAGUUUUUUUACAACACUGAUCGAGAAAUUCAUCAUAAAGACUGGACGAUUCGGUACACUCAUUCUGGUUCAACUCGAACCUUAUUUUUGAAAAAAUCAGGUAAAGUCAUGGAGGAACACCAAAUUUCAAAGCUCGAUGUGAAAAUCUAA